AAGUGCGCUAUACGUCAGGACGGCGGACUUCUGCGGGGCCCAGGUGAGAAAGGCCCACCUGAGUCCUGGUGAGAGACUAACGGGUUUUUUUGGGCUAGAGGAAUCCUGAAACCUUGGAUCACCUAUAGAUGCUUUGAGACAUUCUUUAGAUGGUUUUUUUUUUUCUGGAAGCCCAGCAACUACCCUGAAAAUUCAAUUUAUUGUUGAACAGACCUAUGGCCAAUGGUAGCAGAGUGCACACAGAACUAUGCUCCGUGGUGUUCUGGGGAAAAUCUUUCGGCUUGUUGGCUAUACUGUUCAGUAUGGCUGUAUAGCUCAUUGUGCUUUUGAAUACGUUGGUGGUGUUGUCAUGUGUUCUGGACCAUCAAUGGAGCCUACAAUUCAAAAUUCAGAUAUUGUCUUUGCAGAAAAUCUUAGUCGACAUUUUUAUGGUAUCCAAAGAGGUGACAUUGUGAUUGCAAAAAGCCCGAGUGACCCAAAAUCAAACAUUUGUAAAAGAGUAAUUGGUUUGGAAGGAGACAAAAUUCUCAGCAAUAGUCCAUCAGAUUUCUUUAAAAGCCAUAGUUAUGUGCCAACAGGUCACGUGUGGUUAGAAGGCGAUAAUCUGCAGAAUUCUACAGACUCCAGGUACUACGGACCUGUCCCAUAUGGACUAAUAAGAGGCCGUAUCUUCUUUAAGAUUUGGCCUCUGAGUGAUUUUGGAUUUCUACGUGACAGUCCUAAUGGCCACAGAUUUUCUGAUGAUUAGCAAGCACUUAUUCUUUUGUUAUGAUUAUUGUCUUCUGUUCAAGUGAAUUUAUUACUGUCACUGAAACCAUGUACUUACUAAUAAACUAUUUGCUAUUCA